AUGAUUCAUCAAUUUUCACAUCAAGAACCAGUUGUAUCUUUUGUUACUAAUACUACUAGUAAUACUACCACCACUACCACUACUACCAGUAAUACUACUACUAGUAAUAAUAGUAAUAUAAAUGAUAAUGAUGAAAUAAUUGAAUAUUUAAAUAAAUUAACAUUAGAAACAAUGGUAUCAGUACAACCAAUACCAUCCAAUGUUAAAAAUAUUCAAGAUGUUAAAGAAACAUCAUUACAAUUAUUAGAACAUUCAUCUAUACAAAUAAUAGAUUCAUAUAUUCAUCAAUUAAAUAAUGGACAUGAUUGUUUUACUUCUACUUAUACUAUGAAUACUUCUGAUCCUUCUUUUACUUUUAUGGUAUCUUCUUUAUUAUAUAAUAAUAUGGUUUAUUCUAUUUCUACUUAUACCAUUUCUAAAUCUUUUAAUAAUAAUGUUGAAUUAUUAUUUAAACAAAUACAUCAAUCUUUUAAUUUUAUUAAAUAA